CUAACUUACGAUAACUACCAUCCCUUGAAAAUAUCAGGGAAAAUGGCUUCAAACAAGGGAAGACGGUGAGACGAGGGACACAAGUUCCUUUCAGGAAGUCGAGGCAGUAAAGUAACACACUACCAGAUAUAGCUGACAAGAAGCACGAGUCAAACGACAGCUCUACUAGUGGACAUCUGCAGGAAUGACAUGACCAGGGUUCGUAUUUGGCAUGAUCAUGAUCUUCUCAGCGGUAUCAUAUGGAAGGAUGGAAUGAGCAGCAGCAUUCUCCGACUCGUCGGUGGAAGUAAACCCUGAUAUUCACUAUCAUUAGAAUCGACCGGCGUGUGGUAUUUGGAAUGAAGUCGAUAUUACUUGAUAAUAUCGGCGAUGAGGGCAAGGGAUCGGAUAUGUCGGUCCUAGCUUAUGCGGCGUAGCCUCUGCCAGAGGAUUUCAGCUGUGCCUCUAUUAUCGGCUUUUAACUACCUAGUAGGUAGGGCUUAUAAUAUUAUCAUCUAGCCAUGCGGCAUUGGUGAUUCUAAAUAACAACUACAGCAUUGGUUCACGAGGUGCCCACCCCCAUACAGAUUAGCGGGAUGUUUCCCUUCUACACUUCAUCCUCUAUGCUACUUGUCGCUGUCGCCUUUUCCCUUGUCGCUCUCAUAUUACGAAGUCAAGCCAUAACGGCGCGUCUCACUUCCCUACUUUCGUCUGUUAUCGAUAUCGUACUGCGCAACCACUACCAAAUAAAGCAUAUAGAGAAUGGGAGUGAAUUGCCGUCUCUUCCAUAUGUCUUCCCUAAUGGUCAGGGAAACAUAGAGAAGUUUCUACAUGGGCGCGUCAAAAGCGCCAAGUGGGAGAGUGAGUAUGGAAGUCUGUAUCGCCUGUGGUCCGGAUUAAAGGGGGAAGUUGUCUUAACCAAGCAUGUUCAUGUGGAAACCGUAUUUCGUGACUCCCAAAACCACACCAAGGCCCAUGCAAAUAACAGCGGGUACAUCAUGGACCGCCUAUUGGGCUCUUGUGUUGGAUUGAUUAGCGGCUCAUCUUGGAGCUCUGUCAAGUCUUGUGUUGAAACCCCAUUCCUGCACCGUUCAGCAAGCACGUAUAUCACUGACAUGCAAAAUUUCACCAAAACUUACAUGCGUGCAUUGAGAACGGAGAAUGAGACGUUCAAGGAGCAUGGGAAGCUACACCCUAUACAAGACCUGAAACUACUCCCGUUCCUCUUCGUAGCGCAGAUUGUAUAUGGACCGCUAAAUGCAGAACUAGAGAGGGAGUUAACGGAGCUAAUCCUGCCCAGAGAGGAACUAUUCAAGAGUGUCAUUGGAGGUGGGAUCACGAGAUUUUCCGUUUCGCGAUUCCUUCCUCUCCCCGCCAUCCGUGCGCUUCACAAUUUCAAAGACCGCUGGGCUGCGUGGAGUGAUAGAGCGCACGAUCAUGCCCUUAAGGCCGGGAGAGAGGCAGAAACGCCAAUUAUUGGAAUGUAUAGAUCCGUGGACGAAGGAAAUAUGACGCGCGAGCAGCUUCUCCAGACACUCGACGAGAUGCUAUUUGCCAACAUCGAUGUCACCAUGGGAGGAAUCUCCUGGACUCUCGUCUUCCUAGCGGUUCAUCCGGCUGUGCAGAAAAUGCUACGCAGCGAAAUCCAGGCACACUCUUCAGAUCCGGCGACGCGCAGUGCAUAUCUACUCUCUUCAUGGACAACUACGCCAACCCUUCUUGGCGCAUGUAUUCUCGAGUCCUCCCGCCUGCGCCCCCUCGCCGCCUUUUCCGUCCCCCAGUCAUGCCCAACCCCGCGUGUCCUCGACGGCUUUAAAAUUCCUGCCGGGACAAAUUUUGUCGUGGACUCUUACGCGCUCAACAUCCGAGAUCCGUUCUGGGGAGAAGACCGUGAAAGAUUCCAACCGCGACGUUGGCUGGAAAGACAUAAGAGCGGGCGGGAUCUCCGUUAUCGGUACUGGCGGUUCGGGUUCGGGCCGCGGACAUGUCUGGGGAAAUAUGUUGCCGAAUUACUGUUGAGGACCGUGGUGGUCGAGAUACUGGAGAAUUGGCAGAUUUCUUUGGAUAAUUCGGAGGGAAAAGGAGGUAAAGAGACUAUGGGGGGCAACGGUGAAGAUGAAGAGGAUAUGAAUUGGCCAUGGGAUGAUGAGAUGUGGAUCCAUCACCCUGAUCUUUUUUUGAAGUGUAAACCUUUGAUAGGAUGUACAUAGAGAACUUAAACCUGAGCUUUGGUAUAGAU